AUGACCGAGACCAAAAAACUUCAGAAAUUCCCUGCCUUAACGCCCUCGGACCAGCGAGAAUUGGAGAGGUCCAUUACGCUGCUUAAGAUAAUGCUCAAGCAUGCCAGUACCCUUCAGCCUGGGUCCAAAGACUUAUCUGGAAAGCUGGCGUUGCUCGAGAUGUCGGGUAAUGUAUUUCAAGCUUACCUCAAGAAGAACGUUACCAAAAAGCAAAUCGGCCCAGCAAUAUCUGCUUGGUUCAAGCACCUCAAUCAGAACCAGCACAUUCUUGGCGACCCAACGCUCAUCAACGUCUUGUUUUUCGACGACCCCGUUUUUUCGUCCUAUGAACCGACACAGGAGGAGCAGAUCGCGUUCGACCGACACAUUCUCGCGAUCGAUGCCCGAAUACAAGAUUCCAAGCUUCCGGGUGACCAGAACUCUACCACCACAAGCCAACCGCCAGAGUACAAGGCCCCUUCGUCCCUAACGAAACUCGUCAACGAUGCAAUGCUUAUUUCCAACCGCGUCGAUGGUCCGUCGGCUUCCAAACCCACUCCCAAGGUCCCGUCCGCCCCAGAGCCCAAGAAGACCGAAGUCAAAGCGAAACUCGCCAGACACCCCAAACUAGCACCCGUCCCCACAGUUCUAGUCCCUCCACGGUCCACCAACCCUCGCACCGUCAAGGCAACCCCUCGACCCUUCCGCAGCGAUGCGAAGCAAACCACUGAGCGGGAUGGCAGCCAGAACCUCGACACGGCCAAGAUCGCAAACCUCGAUCCCGCAGUCGCCCCGCCAGACUUCAGCGGACUUCGGCCGACAGCAGAACCAACUCCAUCCGGCCAGGCAACGAAACCAGACAGUAGACGCCCUGGCUCGACAACAGCAAAGUUGGCCAAGCGGAAGCAUGAGGAUACACCUGCGGACAUGACUCCAGCGGAUGUCGCCUGCAGCACCUGCGCUCGGAAAGGCACCCAGUGUUUGGUUUACAAGCCCAACGUAGCAUGCUGGCCCUGCAGCAAGAACCAUCGCAGUGGCUGCGACUUUUCAAGGAUGCAGAGGGUCGAUGGCCAGUUCGUCGUCGUGAAGGAGGAACCCGUCGAUGUCGAUAUCCCGCCGACGAAGAAGAAAAAGAGAUCGAAGGCCAGGAAAGCCGAGUCGCAAGAGUCAGAGACAAGCAAGGUUGAACCGCGUUCCGAAUCAGCAACGCCGGACGUCAAGGCCCAGGAUGAUCGCGCUGAGAGUUCCAAAACCAAGGCAACGACCAAAAACAUCGGGCCUGCGAAGAAAUCGCCUGAGGUCCUAGGCGAUACCGACGAGGAGCGUUUAACGCCAUUGCCCGGGCAAUUCCACGGGUCCCUCCCUCAACCAUCGCGCACCCCUCACAACAACCAAACCACACCCCCGCAGGUCUCGUCCUCGCAAGUCGCACCUCCAGCGCCUCCCAGCAAUCGAGAGAGACCUACAUCCCCGCAGGUCUCGUCGUCCCAACUCGCAGCGGCAGCGCCUCAGGCUGAUCCAAAGAAACCCGCAAACCCGCAGGUGCCUCCCGCCGAGCAAAGGGAAACCGCAGCAUUGGCGCGGUCAAACAACCCGAGCCCCCCUGGUGAUACCCCCGCCGCUCCCGCUGAUUUGCAACAAUCAAGGGACCUGUCGCAUGGCAAACCUAUUCCAGUUGAGGGACCUCAUCCAAGCGAGCUCAUCGAUCACUCCGUUCUCGAAACGCUCGGCAACUUCGACAACCGUUUGUUUGGCAUGGAGGGGAAGGUGCGGGCGGUGCAGUCCGCUGUUAACGUCCUCGUCUCGGCGUCCAACGAAACCCCGCAACUACCAUCACGCCUAUCUAACCUGGAAACGCUGUUACAGGAGACUCGGGAUGAACUGUCGGCCACCCGGAAGGAAGUCAGGGAGCAAGCUUCCCUGAUUGCGGAUUACAGGAAUAAUGUCACCCUCCUCAACGCGAUCCUCGGCGCCAACACGUUCUGGCAACAGCUCAACCUCAAUAUGCUGUCGUCAUCCCGGCCUUAUGGACUGACACCUGACCCCCAGGACGUCCCAGCAUCCUCUUCGCUGGGUCACCAUGUUUCAGACCAAGGCUCCUCUUUCGGCCAUUCCACUUCGAUCGCCAACCCUCCUUCCUCCAACCAACAAUCCGCCUUGUCGUACCGGCAUGACACUUCCUCCGACUUGAAUCCGCCAUCCAACCCUAAAGCGCGCUUUGGGGAACAAUCUAUCCCUGUGGACAUGAACACCCAACAACGGUCCACCUCUGCCCCUAUCUCACAGUCGCUCGCAGGAAACGCGAUGCCUCUCGAGGCGCCGCCAACCCCGCUAACGAUCCCGGAUGAUUUUCCACCAGUGUCACCUGUCAAGUUCCAGGCCUUUCUGCAACAACUCUCCGUCUCCCUCCCCCCACCUUUCCCCACCCCCGCGAAGUCAGAGGUAUCGACAGGUCCGCAACCUCAGUCCGCCUCCACGGCCAGGUCGGCGAACGCCCCUCAGUCCGGCUCGAACCACGGAGACAAUAGCAAGCCAGAGGUCACCUCAACGGGUCCGCAGCCUCCAUCUGCCUCCGCAGCCAGGCCGCAAUGGACGACUUCCAACCCAGGGCAGAGCAUCCCCGCAGCAACUCAAUCCUGCGACGACGACGAACGACCUGACACCACUACUCCCCAUUCUACUGGCGAGCCGAGGGAUCGUCUCAGUUAG